AUGCUAAUACUUAUCGCGUUUACGGCAUCUUUUGCCUACGCGUUGAACGAACCCGAGGAUUCGCUCAUCCUCUACUUCUCUUUUGAUGAGCUCGACGGUAAAAACACCAUCGACCAUUCAAAAUAUGAGAACCAUGGCGAGAUUGCUGGUGCCCCGAAACUUGCUGAAGGCAAAUUCGGUAAGGCACUGGAACUAAACGGUAAAAGCGACUGGGUUGUCGUGCCGCAUCACGAGAUUCUCACCGUUGACAAUAGUGUAACAGUGAUGGCUUGGAUUAAUACUGAACGCCAUCAAGGUCCCAACGGUCAAAGGUGGCAGGGUAUCGUUGCGAAAAGCAACAAUCCGCGUUCCUACAGUUUCUACACCGAAUUCCCGAGUGAAUGUUUGCACCUCAGUGUCGGUGGUGGAAGUGUUUGUAACAAAAAGGUUCCGUUAGACGAAUGGGUGCAUGUUGUCGCACAGGUAGAUGAUGGCACAACACACCGGUAUUGGGUAAACGGCGAAAUGGCUGGCGAAUUUGGUGGCAAAAACGCUCCACCCGGUAAAGCCGAUCAAGCGGAUGUCCUCGUCGGAAAAACUCACGAAGGCAACCGUGAAUUUCUCGGACUCAUUGACGAAGUCCGCAUUUGGAACCGUGCCCUCGAUGAGGACGAGGUUAUUGAACAGAUGGAGAGCGGCUAUUUCGAUAUCUUCGCUGUUGAUCCGCGCCAGAAACUCACCACGACUUGGGGACAUCUGAAAACCUCACAACGAUAA